UCGUCUUUAAUUUCAUUCGAUUUGACUAUUGCAGUUUUAUAUAUUACAUUGAAACAGAUAAUUUUUAAUUGAUUGAUUGAUACGAAAAGAAUAGAAUCAUCAAAGAGAAAAUGGCAGACGUAGUGGCUUCGGACGUCCUGAACUCGCUGCUGGACAGACUGAGGGACCGAAUCACAAACGAGUUUGGUCAGCUGAUGGACGUCGGCGCCGAGCUGAAGAAGCUGGCGGGCACCCUCUCCGUCAUCCGCGACGUGCUCGAGGAUGCGGAGGGGAGGCAAGUGCAGGAGAGAGCUCUCAGAGGGUGGCUGCGACGCCUCAAAGAUGUGGCCUACGAUAUCGACGAUCUGCUGGACGAGGACUUGGCCAAGAACCGGAAGAGGAGUUUAACUGAUCCGGAAAGCGGUACUAGUAGCUGGAUGAACCGAACGGUAAGUAAAGUGCUAUCAUUGCCUAGCUCAAUUAUUACUCAGUUAAAGAUAGCUAGGGAGAUUAGAGAGAUUAGGGAGAGACUAGAUGAGCUUGCGGAGGAGAGAUCUAAGUUUCAUUUGCGAGAGAGAUUUGUAUUAACGUGCUGUAGGCAAGAGUACGGGGUGAGAGAAGAAACUAGCUCUUUCGUACUUGAAUCGGAAGUUUUUGGUAGGGAAGAAGAUAAGAAAGAGAUCAUUGAAUAUCUUGUGGACACGUCUGGAGGUGAUCUCGGGGUUAUAGCAAUUGUUGGGAUGGGAGGGGUCGGUAAGACGACGCUCGCGCAAUUAGUCUAUAAUGAUCAACAAAUAAGCAACCACUUUGAGAAGAAAAUAUGGGUAUGUGUUUCUAAUGAUUUUGAUCCUAAAAGACUUGUCAGAUCAAUAAUAGAGCAUAUAACGGGAAAUGCUUGCGAUCUCACAAGCAUGGCGUCGAUGGGGUCUAAACUAAGACAAGAGCUUGAGAAAAAGAGAUUUUUGCUCGUGCUGGAUGAUGUAUGGAGUGAAAGUUAUGAGAAAUGGGACAAAUUUAGGACUUUGCUAACUAUUGGUGCCACGGGAAGUAAAAUUAUAGUGACCACCCGUAGUAGUGGAGUUGCCUCAAUACUAACCACGGUGGAGCCACACUUUUUGAAGACUUUAUCCGAUGAUGAUUGUUGGUUGUUGUUUGAGAGAAGAGCAUUUGGGAUAGGUGCUUGCGAGAAGACGCCAAACUUGGUUACCAUUGGAAAGGAAGUUGUGAGAAAAUGUGGCGGUGUCCCGCUGGCAGCAAAGGUUUUGGGUAGCUUGAUGCGUUCUAAGAGAACGGAAAGUGAAUGGCUGGCUGUCCGAGACAAUGAUAGUUGGAAGUCAGAAGAGAAUGAUAUUUUACCAGCCCUAAGGUUGAGUUACAAGCAUUUGCCCUCACACUUGAAGCGAUGCUUUGCGUAUUGCUCCAUUUUUCCAAAGGAUACUAUUGUAGAAGAUGCGACUCUGGUAGAACUUUGGAUUGCUGAAGGUUUCAUUCAGUCAUCUAAUAAGAGCGUGAAAUUGGAAGAGGUGGGUUUCCAGUAUUUGCGAGAGCUAUUAGCAAGAUCACUUUCCGAGAGAAGUACCAUAUGGUCAAACAAUAUCAAAAUUCAUGACCUAGUUCAUGAUCUCGCCCAAUCUACUUCAGGUGAAGAAUGUUCAAGCAUCGACAUAACUGGUAAUAGAAGAGACAUUCAUCCUAUGACACGUUAUUCAUCAUUUAUCUACACAAAAGAGGCAACACCAUCGACUUUGGAGAUCCUCAAUAAAGCUAAAAAGUUGAGAACCUUUUACUUCCUUAGGUCACAUCCUGAUGUGCAGAUAGAAGAGGAAGAUAUGAUGCUGAAGAUUCUUCAAAUUGUUUUCUCUAGUAUGAAGCUUCUAAGAGCACUUCAUCUCAGCCGCUACCCGAUCAAAGUAUUACCAAUUUCAAUUAGUAAUCUUAGACACCUAAGGUAUCUCAAUUUGUCAUACACAGACCUUGAAACACUGCCACAAUCUAUUGGUUUCUUGCAGAAUCUACAUUUUUUGAACCUGCAAGGAUGUCGAUUUUUAAAAGAAUUGCCACACUCCGUUGGUAACCUCUCCGACCUGUUAACAUUGAACCUCGAGAGUUGUGUGAGAUUUGUUUCCCUACCAACUUCCAUUGGUCAUUUAAAGAGUUUGCAGACCUUAAACCUCGGAUAUACCGAAAUAGAGAAGUUGCCUGAAAGCUUAUGCUGCCUCUCAGGUCUUCGAUCAAUUAAUCUACAAGGCUGUAGCUCUCUACUCGAGCUCCCGGAGAACACGAAAGACAUGACAAGCCUCACAAAUCUUCACACAGGUAAUUGUUAUAAAUUAACAGGCAUGCCAUCUGGAAUAGGACGGCUAAGCCGCCUUCGAGAACUACCGCUCUUUGUGCUUAGUGAAAAGAGCGAGUGUGGCCUCAGGGAGCUCAACGGGCUUAAUCUUGAAGGGGAACUGCGUAUUAGUAAGCUGGAAAAUGUGAAGCGUUUCCAACAGGCUAGGGAGGCUAACUUAAUAGAAAAGGAUGGUCUUAAGUCACUAACGUUGUCAUGGGACCUGGAUACUUACAAGAAGCAAAUGAAAGCCUGCGUGCACACCGACCAACAAGGAAAAAGUAGGCAAGAUGUAAUCAAAGCACUUGCACAAGCCGAGAAAGUUCUCGAGGUCCUGCAACCACACGAAAAUUUGAUCCAAUUGGAGAUAUUUCAUUACCCGGGCAAAAUUUUUCCAAAAUGGUUGGAGUUGAGCCUUCCAAAUCUUGUUCAUCUUCAAUUGAACUCUUGUUUCAGAUGCAAGAUCCUCCCAGAAAUAAGUCAAUUGCGUAACCUUAAGUUCCUUCAUCUCUGCAUGCUUCCUGCUGUCGAGCGUCUUCCGUCGCUCGGGCAGUUGCCUUCUCUUAUCUACCUAUAUAUCAGAUCUCUCUCUGCAGUCAAGAGCCUGGGCUUAGAGUUCUAUGGUACCGGUGAUUGUGCAUUCCCAGAAUUGGGGUGCUUGGAACUAGAAUACAUGACUGGGUUGGAGGAAUGGUGUGAAGUGUCAGGGCAACAAUCGUUUCCUCGUUUGUACUGGUUGAGCCUAGAAGACUGUCCAAAACUGAAAGUACUGCCCUCAUCUUUUCCAUCCGUCCAAGUGCUGCAUUUGUGUGCUAACAAUGAGCUGCUGCUAUCUUCUAUCCCAACUGGCGCAUUUCCAAAUCUCAAGAAUGUGUACUUAGAAAAUUUCGAUGAGACUCAAUCGCCUGUUCCGCGAGUUCUCGCCGAGCGCUUAACAUUCCAAGAAUGUCGGGGCAUCGACUGGAGCAAUCCCAUGGAUGCUGAUGAUUUAAACUUCAUCAGAAGUGUUGCGGGGCUCCCGUAGCAAUUUUGUUUUGGGAAUAUUGCACUAAUAUUCGUCUCAACAAGCAAAAAAAUGAAGAAAGGUAUUGCAAUCAAUACACUGGCACUUAAAAAAAUUAAGAAAAUCAAGUGUUGAUGUUUGCGGGUCUUAAUGUCCAUUCUUAUGUUUGUUCUUUGCAAGUUUAUAUGUGAGACGAAUUUUGUGUUUAGUAAAUUUA